GAACUUUGAACUUUAGUUCAAACAGUCCUGUUUGAUCCAUAUAAAUCAGAAAUAUAAUCCAGAAAAUCCUAUACACUACUAGUCAUGUGGAUUUGGAUAACAAAAUAAAACACACGAAUUAUUGUUCUGAAAUCAAGCUGGAUAUGAAGAUCACAAAUAAUUGCUUUCGACGAUAGUAAGGCAGUUACUGUACACACUUUCCUUCCAGGUCCUGUCAUUUUUCUACAUGCUGCUUUCAGCAUGGCACCGAAAGGAAAGAACCGUAAGGCAUUAGCCAAAACACAUUUUGUAAAUGUAAAGGACGAGUUUGAAAAUGACAACGAUGGAGAUGAGGAAGAAGAAAUCAAUGGAGAUGGUCCUCAACCGGACGACGAAUUUAAUUUGGACGAGGUUUUACGUUUGGGUGGAACCCGAGCUGACUUUGCCCUGCUUGACGCCAUCAUUGAUGAGAACGAGCUGAUCGACGGUGGAAAGAAAGGAGCCAUAGAUGACCUGGAACCUGGCGAGUUGGAGACAUUCAUCACCAAGCUGGGCAUCCGCUCAUACAAAGACCAACAGAUUAUCCCAGAUGAGCCUACAGAGGAAGAGAAGGCAGAGGCGAGCCAAAAGGAGAGCAAAAAGGCUGAUGCCAAGAAAGCCAAGUCAGGUGAUCAGAAGCCCAAACCAGAGCCUAAAGGCAAGGACCUGCCUGCCACAUCUACAGUGGAGACAAAGAAUAAGAAAAAUAAAGAGACAGCAAAAACCAGCGUCCCAGCCACUGGAAAGAAAGCUAAACUAAAUGCCAACUUAUUUGAGUUUCAGCCGAGGCAGCUGCUUCUGAUCAAACCAGGUGGCAAGUGGUUUGACCUGGAGUACACUGCAGAGGGUACCUCUAACCCACAGGAUGAGUCUCAAGUCUCCCAGUACAAGGCCCUGGCUAUAAAGCUGUUUGAGGCUGAGACAGGGCUCUACAAGAGCAAGAAGAACAUGCAGAAGGGGGCCAACUCAGCCUGGAUGAAAAAUGUGGUCUCCGCAGGCACGCUGGCUGACAGGAUGGCAGCCAUGACAGUUCUGAUCCAGGAUGCCCCGGUACAGAGCAUAGAGCAUGUGGAGAACCUGGUCUCCAUGGUGAAGAAGAAGGGUAGUCGCAGACAGGGGCUGAUGGCUCUGGACACUCUCCGAGAGCUCUUCAUGUCUGACCUGCUGCCAGUGAACCGCAAGCUCAGGACCUUCGCCCAGCAUCCCUUUGACAAGCUGGAGCAGAAGGCGAGCGGGAACAAGGACGCGCGCGACCGCCGCCUCGUCCUGUGGUACUUUGAGCACCUUCUGAAGUACCACGUGGCCGAGUUCGUGGUGGCCCUGGACGAACUCGCCCACGACACGGUGGCAACCACCAAGGCCAAAUCUCUGGCCACUGCCCACGAGCUGCUGCUCAACCGGCCCGAACAGGAGAGGGCCCUUCUCAUCCAGGUGGUCAACAAGCUGGGAGACCCUGAGUACAAGACGGCAGCCAAGGCCUCGUACCUGCUGGAGACCCUGCUGCACAAGCACCCCAACAUGAAGGCGGUGGUGUGCAGCGAGGUGGAGCGCCUCAUGUUCAGGCCCAACAUCAACCUGAAGGCCCAGUACUAUGCUGUGUGCUUCCUCAACCAGGUGCUGCUGAGCCACGACGAGGCCGAGCUGGCCAGCAAACUCAUCUCCAUCUACUUCUCCUUCUUCCGAGCCUGCAUUAAGAAGAAGGAUGUGGAGUCCAAGAUGCUGAGCGCCCUGCUGUCGGGCGUGAACAGGGCCUAUCCCUACGCCAAGGCCGGGGACGAAAAGGUGAAGGAGCAGCUGGACACGCUGUUUAAAGUAGUGCACCUGGCGAAGUUCAACACUGCCGUCCAGGCUCUCAUGCUGCUCUUCCAGGUGAUGGACUCUCAGCAGAUCGUCUCAGACCGCUACUAUGUGGCUCUCUACAGGAAGCUCAUGGACCCAGGUCUGACUCUGUGCUCCAGGCAGAGUAUGUUCCUCAACCUGCUGUACAAGUCUCUGAAGGCAGACAUCGUCCUGCGGCGGGUCAAAGGCUUUGUGAAGAGGCUGCUGCAGGUCAGCUGUGAGCAGAACCCUACAUUUGCCUGCGGGGCUCUCUUCCUUGUAUCAGAGGUCAUGAAGGCCAAACCAGGCCUCAAGCUGCUGCUGCAGGAGUGUGGGGAUGGUGAAGAGGAGAAUUUCAAAGAUCUUAAGGAAGAAGAGGAUGAUGAGGAGAGGUUUGUAGAUGCAGAUAAGGUGGAGGAAGGACAGCGUGAGAUCAUUCCGAAACCCACUGCAUCGUCGUGGGUACAUCACCAAAACAUUGAAGGUGGGAAGAGUAUGGAUACCUACGACCCGUUACACAGAAACCCCCUAUUCUGUGGGGCUGACCACACCACGUUAUGGGAGCUGCACAGGCUCUCUGCACAUUUCCACCCAUCAGUGUCACUGUUCGCCAAGACAAUCCUACAGGGAGAGUUCAUCAACUACACAGGAGACCCUCUCCAGGACUUCACUCUCAGCAAGUUCUUGGAUCGCUUCGUCUUCAGGAAUCCCAAGCAACUGAAGGGCAAACAAAACACAGACGCUACAGUUAUGCAGCCCAAACAGAAGCUGACCAUGAAUAACAUCCACAAUUUACCUGUGAACUGUGAGGAGUUCCUGUCCAAUAAGGAGAGUCAGAUUCCUGUGGAUGAGGUCUUCUUCUAUCGGUUCUUCAAGAAACGAGAAGCGGAGAAGGCACUGCGUCGGCCACGAGGAGAUGGAGAUAACGAGAGUGUGGAGGACGUGGACGAUGAUGAGUUUGAGACUCUGCUCGAUUCAUACGAGGGAGACAGUUACUUCACUGACUUGCCAAUUGAUGAAACAGACCUGGACUUUGCAGGCAAUGUUAAGACCAAAUCUAAGAAGGGGAAGAAGGGUGGAGAUGAGGAUGAGUCGGACCUGGAUGAUGACUUGGAUGGUGAUCUGGAUGAUGAGGAGGUGUCCCUUGGCAGUAUGGACGAGGAGGACUUUGGAGAUGAACUGGAGGAGGAGGGAGGGGCCUUCAUGGACCCCGCUGGGGAGGAUGAUGAUGAGGAAGUUCCAGAACUUGAUGAUGGUGAUUUUGCUUUUGGUGAUUCUGACGAUGAGAUGGAGGUUCCAAACAUCACUCCAGGUUCUAAAAAGAGCAAGAGGAAGGCAUCAGAGGAUCUUAACUACACUGGGUCUCUAGGUUCCAAACCAGGGAAGAAACACAAAGGAAAGGACACAGCCAUGUUUGCAUCUGCUGAAGAGUUUGGAUUUAUGUUGGAUGAAAAUGCUGGCUCAAAGUUUGACAACAUCGGCAUGAAUGCCAUGGCCAACAAAGACAAAGCAGGUGUCAGGCAGCUCAAGUGGGAGGCCCAGAGAGACGAUUGGGUCCGAGGUAGAGAUGUCAAGACCCUACGGAAGAAGAAGGCCAUGUUUAACAAGAAGAAACAGUUUGGCAAGCCACCGUUUGGCAAAUCAAGGGCUGGCAGAAAUACUUUCAAGAAGUAGUAAUCAUUUCUGAACCUAAGAUCACUUAAGUUUGUGUUCAUGCUCUACGCCUUCUUGGAACAAUCUUUCAAGGUCUUGCUCUCGAAUCCCAUAAACCCUGGGAUAUUCGCUGUACAGACAAAGUGAUUGUGUUUUAGGCUGCAUUCACACAGGCAGCCGAAUUCAGAUUUUUUUUACACUAAUUGGUCUGUUGACUAAUCAGCUCUGAAAGAUUUGAUGUGAUUGGUCAAAAGACAAAUUAGUGUGGGGGGGGGUCAGAAUUAGGCUGCCUGUGUGAAUGCAGCCUAACACUAUUAUUCUGUCUCCAGUUUAUUAGAAGUCCAACGAAUAUGCCAGGGUUAAUGGGAUUUGAGAGCAAGUGGGUGACAUGCCAGGGGUGUGUUCAUUAGUGCAAACUGUAAUUGCCUUUAUCUAUACCUGUUGACAGUUCCUGGUUUGUUCUACCGAUCAUUGGAGAAACUACUUCAUGCCUGUGUAAAAUCAAGUAGGCUGCGUUUACACAGGCAGCCCAAUUCUGAUGAUUUUUCCACUAAUUUAACUAUUGACCAAUCAGAUCUUACCCAUAAUUGGGCUGUCAUGCUUUGAAGUUACCUUGGACUGCCUGUGUAAACAGCCAUAUUCUCUGUAUUGACAUUUCAACUCUGUUCAAUAUUUUGUAUAGGUUUAUACAAGGUAAAUACAAAAUGAAAACAUUAGCAUACUAUAAUGUCUGGUCUGUAAUAAUUGUAACUGGAGAUGAAACGUUUUUAAUAUUUGGUGCCGAUUUUAUUGCUGUGCGGUUUGGAAUUGGAACGAUUCUUCAAGUUUGUAUGUUUUGAACUGUCUAUAGCCCGUACCCUCCAGAACAGAGAGAAGCAUGUUGUUCAUACUGUUUCUGAAAUAAAAAUAAAUUAACAUUUUGUUACAAAGCAAUGGUGUACAUAGCCCAAGAUAGUCAGUGUACAUGGCAAAUGUCAUUUCUAUAUAAAAUGUAAAUGUUACCAUGACUUGUGUACAUCUUGUAAUAAAAAAGACCAUAAGCACCCAG